AUGCACGACGGUGGCGUGCAUUUCAGCGUCAACUACGAAGAUGAAGAACAAAAUGAGGAGGUGCACACCUACAGCGAGGUGAAGAUCGAAGGCGACGACGAACACGUCGUCAACGAGGGGCGGAAGCGCAUCGUGACAACGACGCAAACGCUGGUGAACCUGGUGAAGGUGUACCUGGGCAGCGGCAUCCUGGGCCUCCCCUACGCCUUCCGGGAAGGCGGCCUUCUGACGAGCCUGUUGGUGAUGGCCUUCGUCUCCGUAAUCACGACCCACUCGAUGGUCAUGUUGGUGCAGGCCAAGAGGCGGGCCGAGCAACUUGACCCACGAGUCGUGUCGUUCACGGACAUCGCGUCGUUCACCUACGGACGGGUGGGUGCGAGACUGGUCGACUUCCUUCUCGUCUUCACUCAGUACGGCUUCUGCUGCGUGUAUGUAGUCUUCCUUUCGCAGAACACCGCCAACUUCAUCCCCAACUACGGCUGGUAUGUCGACUGGCGCAUGGUGGUCGUGUGGUGGGUCCCCGUCCUCGUCAUACUGGCCAACCUCCCCACGUUGAAGCACAUGUCGUUCGCGGCGAUGUUCGCCAACGUGGCCAUCCUGACGAGCAUCGUGGUGAUCCUCACCGCCGCCUUCAUCCAAAUGGCCCACAAGUGGGGCGGAGAUGAUUCGCACCACCCCGAGCCACCGCACGGCAAGAAGGAGCCCUUCGCCAUCGACUGGUGGAUCGUGCCCGAAACCGCCGCUGUCAUGUUUGGCAUGGCCAUCUACGCCUUCGAGGGAAUCGGAGUGGUCAUCCCGGCCGAGACGGCGAUGAAGAAGCCGGAACACUUCACCCCGGCGCUGCUGGUGACCAUGGUCGGCUCCUCCCUCAACUAUAUUACCUUUGGCCUGAUCUGCUAUCUGGCGUGGGGCGUCGACACCAACACGCUGGUCACGGUCAACCUGCACGACUUUGCCGAGGGCAGCAAGCCGUGGGAGGUGCUCUCCAUCCUCGUGACCGUGGGCCUGAUCAUCGCGAUCGCGUCGACCUACCCGCUGCAGCUCUUCGUGGUGACCGACAUCGUCGAGGAGGCCAUGUUCCAGCCCGGCCGGCUGUCGCCCCGCUUCCGGCCACUCAAGGUGUUCGCCUUCCGCUGCCUGCUCGUACUGGGCACGGCCGGCAUCGCCAUCGGAGUACCGGACUUUGGCCUGCUCAUCGGACUUAUCGGCGCUCUGGGGUCGACGUCGCUGCAGUUCGUCUUCCCCGGUCUGUUCCACCUGAAGCUCUUCCCUGAAGCGCCCCUCUGGGCCAAGGCCAUCUCCGUUUUCUACAUUCUCUUCGGCUUGGGCGGCGGCAUCCUGGGUACCUACCAAACGGUGCAGCAGAUCGUGGAGAAGUACACGGACUGA